AUGGAGUGGUUAAUGAGCGCCGAAGGCCUGAAUGUCCAUCAGGAGCUGGAGGCGUACGUUCGUGAGCACCACCCUAACUUGCGUGAUGAGGAGAUCGACCUCAUUGUGGACGGUCGUCUACUACGCAUGGUUCGGGAGUGCUCGGCGGAGCAACCAACGGCGAGCGACCAGGAAGGGGGAGCUGGUGGGGGAGAAGCUGAGCACGAGGCUCCUGGUGCCAGCUACAAGCAGAUCACCAGCGAUGCAUCUGCUUUCUCGGGCGCUGUCAACACCAUCGUGGCUACAACGGGGGUCAACGGCAAGGGAGGGCAAGGAGGAAAGGAGCGAACUGACAAGAAGAAGGAUGACAAGCGGGAGAAGAAGCGAGGCCCGUUCAAAGGGCACUGCUACAACUACAACGAAGAGGGGCAUAUGGCUGCGAAGUGCCCCAACAAGAAGAAGGAUGCAACGCCCGCGGCAGCCGCGAACGAUGCUGAAGGAGACGAGAAGGGUGUGGCACUCACAGCGACGUGUUUGGCUGCAAAGUUGCUGGCGGACGACAAGGACUUGUGGUUCCUUAACUCGGGAUGCUCCCCACACAUGACCGGGCGCAAGGAGUGGUUCACGGUGAUCCGUGACCCAUCUGCAACGAAAUCCGUCAAAGGGUUUAAUGGUUUCAUGCAGGAAGUCGCCGGUGCUGGUGAUGUUUUGCUGAAGGGCACUCACGGCUUGCGUGUGACUCUGCAUGAUGUCCUCUUUGUGCCAGGAAUGAAGGCCAACUUGGUCUCCCCUGGGCAGCUCACGGACAAAGGAGCAAACCUGCAAACCGAAGAACGUGUCACUCACAUCAUCGCAUCGGGAGGACACGUGGCUGCAACGACACGCUACCGACAUCGUCUCCUGUGCCUUGACCUAAAACCGUGGCCAGCAAGCAACGGCACAACGGCUGCAGUGGUAUGCAACGGCACGGCGGCUGCAGCGGCAUACAACAGCACGGCAGCUGGAGCGGCAUACAACGGCACGGUGGCUGCAACGGCAUGCAACGGCACGGCGGCUGCAGCGGCAUGCAGCCGCACGGCGGCUGGAGCGGCAUGCAACGGCACGGUGGCUGCAGCGGCAUGCAACGGCACGGCGGCUGGAGCGGCAUGCAACGGCACGGUGGCUGCAGUGACAUGCAAUGGCAUGACUAAGGCGGUUGCCGACGGAGCGGCCAGCCUCAAGUCGUACGCGGUGGGCCCCAAGGCAACGCCCAACCUGUGGCACGCUCGCCUUGGACACAUCCACUUCGAAGCGGUGAAGCGGACAGCCACGAGCGGUGGCGCGUUAGGCAUGGACCUGUAG